AUGUUUAGAAUAACUAGUUAUUAUGGCAAUCAAAACUACUUUUAUUUAUAUAAAAGUGAAUUUGCAAGUACUUGCCACAAGUGUUAUUUUGCAGUUUUACCUCAUAUUUGGCCUUAUCCCUCACUCAAUAACACAAAAGAACUUGAUUUAAUUGUGAAACAUUUAAAUGCUAAUACUAUAUGGACUCAAAGAACAAUUCAAUUUUUACGUGAUGUAUCGUUAAUAUCUGAUGAUGGCAAACCCCAAUUUUCUUCUACUUCUUUAGCUGCCUCUCUAAUUUGGCUGUUUCAGAUAUUUCCACAUCUUUCAAAUCCUGUCUUUGAUUUUAUGCAGGCUAUCAAAAACUUUUAUUUUGUUUCGAAUUCUAAUAAUAAAAAUGAAGACAAUAAUAGAACACUUCCAUUUUCUGGCUCUAUUUCUCUUGUAAAUUAUAAAACAGAUCAUUCACAGUUUAUGCAUUAUUUGCUAGCGCCCUUUAGAAAGACAGAUCAUUUAAAGAUACAAGCGCUACCUGUUUAUUCUCUUUGUGAUGACAUUGAUGAAUCAAUUUUAGCCAAUGAUGAUAUCAAAUAUUUAGCGUCAUUAGGACUUACACAUCUUAGACGGUUAGAACUAUCUUAUUUAGAUUCAGUUGUUUGUCUGGAUACAAUAAAGACAUGAAUAAUAAGCUUACCACAUUUAAUCGAUUUAACACUAGAAUGGAUUUUCUCUCUAAACAAGGAUAACUAUCUCAAGUUAUGCGAAAUGCUUCAACACAAUGGACUACUUUAUCCAGAGAAAAUAGACCCUAAAGAUAAUAUUUUACAAGUUCGUUUUACUGUUCAAAUAAAACCUACUCUAUUAAAC